AUGGCAGACGAUGUAAAACCUGAAACAAUUAAAAACACUCAAGAUUUGCUCGGCAAAUACUUCAAAAAGCCACCUCUCACCGAAAAAUUACUAAGAAAACCACCGUUUCGAUUUCUUCACGAUAUCGUCUCAGCGGUCAUAAACGAAACUGGUUUCCUGGACGGUUUGUAUACAGAGGAGGAACUAAAUUCAGAAAAUAUAAAGAACAAAGAGGCGAAACUUGCCUAUCUAACGAAACUGAUCGACGUCGUGAAACUGAUUACCGGCGCUAAUUUAACCGUACGAGCCAGUAAGAUAAUCUCAGGCCAGGAACCAGCCAAAACGAAUGAGUUAUUGCAAGCAAUUGGAAAAGCUUUAGACAAGAAGAUAAGCAGCGUGGAAGCCAUCGAACGAUACAAGAAGAAUUUAGGAAAGGGCAAAUCUAGUUCAAGAAGUAAGCCGUCUGUAGCGAAAGACGAAAGAAAGUCAACGUCGAAGGAAACAUCCCAAAAAAGGGCUUCGACGUCGAAAGAAAAGUCUAUAGAACGAAAAAAAAAAGCUGUUAACGAAGAUAAUUCAACGAUACGUGAAGCAACGCGUAAAAAUGAAAAUCAAGAUUCUCAGAAAAAUGUUGAAGCUGCGGAAGUACCACGAGUCGAGCCAGCGCAAGAAAAAAUUCCCGCAUCUGCGCGUAGAAGAAGCUCUUCGUCUGCCAAACUCAAACAGAAUAGACCGUCCACACCUUUGUCUGAAACUCCGCAGUCGGAUAAGAGAAUCGACGAGAACAAAAGACGAAAAGAAUCCGAGAACAAGUCGAAGCAUGUAACAAAUGUCGAAAAUAACGAAUUACAAAAUCAAAUACUCGAUACGUCAAACUCCAUUGAUUCGGAAUCGAAAUCUGCGCCAAACAUCAGAGAUGAUAAGUUAGAUGAAACUAUUGACAAGGUGGAGUACAAGGAAAAUGAUAUAGUAAAUAACGAAGCUUCUUUACAAAGCAUAGAAAAGUCUGGUCGGUCGAUGUCAGAGACACAAAUGUUUCAAUCGGAUAACAACGAUACCAGUAUUCCACGAUCAAAUUCUAGACCAAGAACUUCCUUACGUCCGCCUACCGCGAGACCGAUUAGUGCCAGACCUGCAGCACCUAGAAUACGAGGCAAAGCAGAGUUAAUGGUUAACGAAGAAAUACCAACCCCUAUGGGAAACAUUAGCGUCAUUGUGGAGAAUUCUGAUCUUAAGGAUGACGACGAUGACGCCGAAGACAUGGUAGUUAUGGAAACUAGAGUAACUGGUAGCGAUUCCUUAGAAAACAGUGGCAACUAUAAAGCCGAUGAUCAAUUAACGCAAGAACAUGGACACCUUGUUGCUCAAAUAUUAGAAACGCAAAAGGAAUUGGUUAAUAAUGAUAAUGUAGACGUGAUACCUAAAAAAACAAAUAUCACAUGGGAUACAAAUUCGAAACGCGACACUGUAGCAAAAGAAAUUGAUAAACUACGAAACACGAUACAAACGUUAACACGUGCAACAAAUCCACUUGGGAAGUUAUUGGAUUAUUUUCAGGAGGAUAUAGAAGUCAUGCAAAAAGAAUUAUUAGAAUGGAAAAACCAAUAUCGACAAGUAAAUGAACAACUGAAAAUAGAAAAAAUGAAAACGCAAGAAUUAAUAGAACCUAUGAAAGAAACAUUAAAAGAAAUUGAUCAUAAUGUGAAAGUACAAUUGGAUAAAAUAUGUCAAGCAAAAUCGCAGAUUACGAAAAAUGAUCAAAGGAUACAAACAUUAUUAAAUGGUCGUGUGUAAAUUUCAUUUCACCGUAAUCUAUAAAACGAUGAUAUUUUCUCAUUGUCUUUAAUACAAAUAACACAAGCGUGUACAUUCUCCUCUAAGCUUCUAGUCAAAUAUUGUACAUAUG